CCUCUGUAUAGCCACACGUGAAAACUUGCAUUCAAUCAAAACUCAAAUACCUUCCUCUACUACUCUACUUUUUUAACCCGUACUCCCCCACCCAAUCAAAUCACUCCCUUUUUUUUAAUUUCACAAAAAUCAUUUAAUUCCAAUUUAUUACAGAAUUUGCAGCUUUUAAUUUUUAGAGAGAGAAGCAGAGCUACGAAGGAAGCUUCUCUGCUCUCUCUAUCUAUCUAUCCAUCUCGAGAUGCGUCGGUCUUCAACCAAGAAAACGGGUCAAUCUAAUUCUACCGCUCCGAUCACUUCUUCUGCUGUCGAUCUUUUUCGCUCCGCGUCGAGUAAAGCGUCGAGUAAAGAGAUGGAGCGAAUCGAUAGCUUGUUUUAUAGUUAUGCUGAUAAAUCUUCUGGCUUAAUUGAUCCGGAAGGUAUUGAAGCGUUGUGUGCAGAUAUCGAGGUGCCUCAUACUGAUGUUAGGAUCUUGAUGCUAGCUUGGAAGAUGAAAGCGGAAAAGCAAGCAUACUUUACUCUGGAGGAAUGGCGAAGAGGCCUUAAAGCAUUGAGGGCUGAUACUGUAAAUAAACUAAAGAAGUCCCUUCCAGAGCUAGAGAAAGAGGUUAAGAGGCCAUCAAACUUUGUGGAUUUCUAUACCUAUGCAUUCCGGUAUUGCCUGACAGAGGAGAAACAAAAGAGCAUAGACAUAGAGAGCAUCUGUCAGUUGCUGGAUCUUGUACUAGGAUCUCAAUUUCAUGUGCAGGUUGAUUAUUUUAUCGAGUAUCUAAAGAUACAGAGUGAUUAUAAAGUAAUAAACAUGGAUCAGUGGAUGGGGUUCUUCCGCUUUUGCAACGAGAUAAACUUUCCGGAGCUUGAUAAUUAUAAUCCGGAACUAGCGUGGCCGUUGAUCCUUGAUAAUUUUGUAGAAUGGAUACGAGAAAAAAGGAGUUAGAAAGCCUACAAUCCUUUUGUUGGCUGGAUUCUCCACUGUAAACCAUUAUUUUAUUAAAGUAGGUUACCUAUGAUUUUAUGUAUUAAUUUUCUAUACUUUGUUUUGUUGUUCAAUAAACCGAUAUUUAUUGAUCUGA